AUAAAUCACAUAUCAAUAACAACUCUUUAAAAAUUACAUAUACAACAGUAAUAAAAAAAUUCUUGUUUAUUAAUGUCACACUCCAGAUAUAUAUAUAUAUUAGUAUGGAGCCAAAGUUUUCAAACCACUAAUUAUUUCAACAAAUACACAUUUUCUGGUCCAACAAUAAACCAACCCCCUCUGUCUCUCUCUAUCAUUUGUUCUUGAAUUUUCCAUCUUCAGCACAAUUUUGUUAUUUGACUUCAUCGAAGAUUUUAGUUUGAUCCAAAUGGGUUCAUAUUUGUGCUGUUCUGCCAAACCAGAUACCACCAGAAGUACGACGGGAAACACUAGUGACCAGAGGUGGCAAACCGGCGACAACAAUCUUUUAUCGGACGCAAGCACCUUCUCUGUGAAGGAGCAAGAGCAUCAGCUUAAGAUGGCCAGACUCGAGGAGAAGAGACUUGCCCGUGAAGCCGAGAAAUUCAACAAACGGGUCAAACAACAAUCAGCCAGAUUCGACUAACGUCCAUAGUUGACCAAGCUUUACUAUAUUCUUGUAAAUUGUAACAAAAAUCUUAUCUAGAGUUGUGAUCAUCUAAAUGAACCAUAUAUUAUAAUUAUUAGGGACCACAAGGAAACACAAAAGUUCACAGAUUAUGAUAUCAAAACGUGGCACAGAUUACUUUCUACACACAGAGAGAGCUAGAAAUGUAAACAAAACGA